AUGGAUGACGACGACAUUCCACUAGCUGUCUUGAGAAAGCUGUCCACUGGUGUAUCUUUUACCGACUACGCACGUGUUGAUGACCAAGCUCUUACCUGUGCCGAGAUGACCGACAGCGACAUCUUAGAAAGCAUCGUGUCCCAACGCCAACCGAAAGCUGAAGAUGACGACAAUGAUGACGAUUCCUUGCCAACGACCAAGCAAACCAUCCAUGACGCCAUGAACGCCCUAGAUACAGUCCGAGAUUUUCUCCAGCAGACGGGCAUCGGGAAUAAUAGACUCAGCCGCCUCACAGAUUGCCGACGUCAGUUAUUCCAUCCAACAGUAUUUCCUCCUCGAGAGAAAACAGUGUACCCUGAUUUGUACCCGCUAAACUUAAAAAAUGGCACAGCGUGUGGAUCUGUGGUAUCACAAGACAAUUUAGGAAGUGAAAACAAGAAGACCAGCCUUUCUGAAAUUAUGUCUAGUGACACAUCUCAAGACAACUCUCAGCCUUCCGAGUAUAAACCUCCUUAUUCUGAUAUCAACGUCAUGUCAGAAAACGAACUGAAAGAUGACAGUGUUCGUCGUUCUCUUUUGGCGACAAAGUGGGAUACUGCUAACAAAUUCAAUUUUCCAGUCAGGGGUGCGCUCGAUUCGCUCUCCGGAACAGUGUUCCCGGGAGAUUCUGGAUCAGUGUCAAUCGAAUGCACUUUCACAGGAAGUAGUAAAAUCACAAUGGCGGACAGUGGCACAAUGGCAAUCGUAUGCUCAGUGAUGGAAAAUCUCAGUGACAGCAGUGACGACGAGGAUGAUUUUUUCAUCGUUGAUGCAUGUGCUGCAUUAUUAUCCAGAACUGAAAGAAGCAAGAUAUAUGGGUAUGCUGAUAAUGUGGUCCCUCUAUACAGUGAGGCUCACUUCCGCAGGAUGUUUCGGAUGUCAACAGCAACUUUAGAUACUCUUUGUGACAGUAUAGCAGAUUUUCCAGAAUUAAAAAAAGAUGGAAGUGGUGGGAAAGAGUCCGUUCCAGUUAGGACACAGUUGCUACUUACCUUGUGGUAUUUAGGGGGACUGGAUACUGUAAUAAAAAUCGCAGAUCGUUUUGGUGUGUCAGAGUCAACAGUGAUCAUGUGCAGAACACGAAUAAUAAAGGUCAUACUAAAUCAUCUCAAGGAAAAAUUUAUUUGUUGGCCAUUUGGUCAACAAGCACAAGAUGUGGUUGAUAAUUUCAGCAAAAGAAAUGGCUUUCCGGGGAUAUUAGGCGCAUUAGAUGGGACACAUAUUCAGAUAAAAGCACCACAGCAACACCCUCAAUCAUACAUUAACCGCAAGAACUAUCACUCAAUUCAGCUACAAGCUGUUUGUGAUUCUGAUAUGAACUUUAUUCAUUGCUUUGCUGGCUUUCCUGGGAAAUGCCAUGAUGCACGUGUACUUCGCAACUCAGAUUUAUGGGAAGAAGGUCUUCAGCUGUGUGGACCAAAUCAUAUUAUUGGCGAUGCUGCAUAUCCGUUACGCAGAUGGCUUAUGACACCUUUUAAAAACACUGGACAUCUCACACAGGAACAGAGACACUACAAUUAUAUGCAUUCAUCAAACAGGGUUGUAAUUGAAAGAGCCUUCAGUCUCCUCAAAGGAAGAUUCCGCCGGCUUCAAAAUCUUGACACAAAUACAGUUAGAACAGCAGUUAAUAUCAUUAUGGCCUGCUGUGUUUUACACAACAUUUGCCUUCUUUCAAAUGAUGAGGUUGAAGAAUUCAUGGAAGGUGGAGAUGAUCAAAACAUCAACCCUGCUCCACAUCACAUGUUUAAUGAACUUGAUCAGGAAGGAAUCAUCAAAAGAAACACCAUUGUGAGAAAUCUGCCAUAG